CAAAUCAAGUUUUGAGCUUAUACUCGGGGGUACUUGGACUGAUCUAAAAUAUUUAAGCAAAAUCAAUACAACACCAGCGAUAUUCAGUAACACCUAUCAGAACUACACUUACCGGCCAGAGUGUACAAGUUUGUCCAAGUAGGUUCCAAUCGUAGAUGAGUACUUACCUUACUAUAUUGAGUAGUAAGAGCAUUUGGAGGGUCCAAUAUUAGCGGCUUCGCAUUGACAUGCAUCCAACGGGUUUACUCCGACCGGCGCCAAAAAUCUUCACCCCCAACCUCGAUGGUCGACAUUUCUUCAACAUCGAUUUCAGCUCCAGGACCUUCUCAAAUUCUAUGUAAAGUUUGCAACGCCCGUUACGCCAUAUACACAUGUCCCCGUUGCAAAAUUCGAACUUGUUCCCUUCCAUGUUCUUCCAGUCACAAGGUUGCAACAAAUUGCUCGGGAGAACGAAAUAAAGCUGCAUUUGUUAACAUGAGAGAUUAUACUUGGGGUACUCUGAUGAGCGAUUUCACGUAUUUGGAAGAUGUUGGACGGAAAGUAGGGGAAUGGGGCGCGAUAAUUGGAAAAGGCUCGUACGCGAUUCCUGAAACUGGACGAGACGCAAAUGGAAUGAGAGGUAGAGGUAUGAGAGCCGGAAGAGCUCAAUUUCGUGGACGAGGCGGAGGGAGAGCCGGUGUCGCAAAGACGAAACGAGAUAUAUUGAAAACACAGCUCGAGAUGCAGGAUAUAUCUAUGGACUUGCUCCCACUUGGAAUGGAAAGACGACAGCAUAAUCAAUCAAUCUGGGAUUUCAAAAAUCAAACUGCCUAUCUUACGAUCGAAUUCAAGUUUCAUCCUCCACAGGAUCCUACCUCUUCGAAACAAAUACCCUCGUUUAACUUACUCACACAUCGCAACAACAUCAAAAAUUCUUUGCUUUCUCUUGUGGUGAGCCAAGUAUCGCAACGUCGUAUGCUCCAACAGAAACGAGAGAAAGGCAAAGGCAAACAGAAGGCGCUGGCGGAGGUGGAUGAACAUAUCACGGACAGGAAUAUCCUCCCUCUUUGGCUUCUGGAGCUCGUCGAAGAAAUCCCUAGUCCCAUACCGGACACUGGGAAAACAAUGUUUUCUCCAUUUGACAGCCUAAUCCGAGCACCUGUGCUUCCAAUGCCUCCAACUGCCUUAAGCAUAACCGGCACGCGACCCAAAACAGCUUAUCAUCGUGUAUCGCCCACAGAACCACUUCUCACUGCUCUACGCAACACUCAUUUCGUUGAAUACCCAACCUUAGAUUUGUGGUCACAAGGUGAAUUUUCUGGCGUUGUAGCCGACCAGCACGCAGAAUCACAGCUGCGCGAGACGUCUGGAUUUAGCCAGCAACUGGUUUAUGAACGAGGGGAUAUCGUGUCAGAAGAUGAACCCGGUGAAAAUCCUGAGAGGAGAGCUAAACGCCGAAAAAUCGAGCUGAAAGCUGGGAAGAAAGCCAUCUCGGGAUUGUUAGGCGGGUAUGGUAGUGAUGAUGAUUCGGGGCAGGAGGAAGAGGAGAGAGCAGAGAAGGACGACGGGCGCGCGCAAAACGGCUUGACACUGUUAGGUGCAUAUGCAGACAGCGAUGAAGAGACCAAGGUUGAGAUGGAUUCGGACGAAGAGGAUGAAGACGUGGCCGAAGUGAGUCCCGAAGUCCUGUUAGAACUCAUGAAAAAAGCGCAAAGCGGCAAUUCAUGGAUGGACGACUCCAAAGAUGACGACAGGGUAGAUUGGGGGGAUGGCGAUUCAGAAGCUGAGCAGGAAGAGGAGGAAUGACAGUCCUACUAUAGAUAUAUCCAUUGCGUUAUACAUCCUGUCGUCUCAAAUCGAGCAAACCCUUCAUUAACAGCUGAACUUCGAGAACAGCAUCAAUGCUCUGACUCAAAGGAGUUUCUUGUGUAUUGCGUAUGGGAUUAGCUGUCUUGACUUCGACUUCCCAUAAUGUAUCCGGAUGCGCUGGUAUAGGCUCUUGAGUGUUAGGAUCGACCUGCAUUUGGAAUUUGUCAAAAGUCUCUACGAAGGCUUGG